AUGUCGCCGCUGGUGUUGCUGCUACUAUUAGCGACCGCGUUGCGAGUCCUAGCCACCGGCACCGCCGUCGCAAAGAAAACCUGCCAGUCAAGCUGCGGUGGCGUCGACAUCCCCUACCCAUUCGGCAUCGGCGAGAACUGCUUCCGGCCGGGCUUCCAGAUCAUCUGCGAGAAGGACCCAUACGGAAGCGAGAAGGUACGCGUGCUUAGCCUCCACGUGCAGCCACGUGCGGAGGUCCGGGUGAUGCUGAAUGUGGCGUUUCAGUGCUUCAAGCCCGACGGUAAUGUGAUCUGGCAAUACAACGGCGGUGUGAAUAUGACGGAGAAUAGCGUCUACCGGAUCUCCAGCGCCGAGAACCAGCUCUUCGUCCUCGGCUGUAGCACCUUCAUCUACGCCGGCAGCGGGCCGCCUGGCCUCCACUCCCGGUCCUACUAUGGCGGGUGCGUGGCCUACUGCAAGGACUCCAGCACCCCGCAGAACAAUGCCUGCGACGGCAUUGGCUGCUGCCGCAGCAACAUCCCACCGGGCCUCACCGACACCCAAAUGCAGCUAAGCACAUGGUCGCACAAAGGUCUGGAGUACAGCCCCUGCAACUACGCAUUCAUCGUGGAGAAAGAUUACUAUUCCUUCAGGGCGGCUGACCUGCUAGGCAUGCCAAAGAACAAGACCAUGCCAAUGCGCCUCGACUGGGCAAUCCGGGACUCGGGAUUAUCCUGCAACAGUACCCAGCAGGGCGCUUGCGUCAGCGGCAACAGCGGUUGCGCUAAUUCCAUCAAUGGGCCGGGAUAUGUCUGCCACUGUUUAGACGGCUACAAGGGUAACCCUUACGUCAGAAACGGUUGCCAAAGGAUUGUCCUAGGUGUAUCCUUUAUAGUUAUUGCUCUACUGUUAGCACUAGUUUUCUUCCAAAAGAGACAACUGGACAAAUCAUUUGAAAAGAACGGGGGUAAGAUACUUGAGAAUGUGAAAGGCCUGACCAUUUUCACCAAGGAGGGACUAAAGAAAAUCACAAGAAACAAUUCAGACUUUCUUGGUAAUGGAAGCUUUGGUAAAGUCUAUAAAGGAAUUCUCCCUGAUGAUACUAUUGUCGCAGUCAAGGCAUCUAUCAUUAUAAAUGAAGAUACAAGGAAAGACUUCACCGAUGAAGUGGAGAUUCAGAGCAACAUGAUCCAUAAGAAUAUUCUUCGACUUGUAGGUUGCUGCCUUGAGGUGGAGGUCCCAAUGCUAGUAUAUGAGUUUGCGGCUAAUGGAAGCCUCCAAGACAUUCUCCACCAGAAUAAAAACCAAGAACUUCCAUUGGACUUGCGUUUGGAUAUUGCAAUUGGGUCUGCGGAAGGAUUAAAAUACAUGCACUCGUCCACAACUCAAGCCAUACGACAUGGUGAUGUCAAGCCAGACAACAUACUCCUUGAUGACAAGUUAACACCAAAAAUCUCUGAUUUUGGGUUGUCAAAGCUGAUUAAAGAGGGACAAUUUGCCAAGACAGUAGUAGGGUGCAUGGGUUAUAUAGACCCGGUUUUCUUGAAAACAGGCCUUUUAACACAGAAAAGUGAUGUCUACAGCUUUGGAGCUGUUCUCCUGGAACUCAUUACUGGGAAGAAGAAUGUAUAUGAUGAGAACCAAAGCCUCAUCAUUGAAUUCUGUAAACUUUAUGAGAAAGGCAAUGGUGGGAGGGCUAUGUUUGACAAGGAGAUUGCAAAUGAAGAAGACAUGUUUGUCUUAGAAGAAAUUAGCAAACUAGCUGUUGAAUGUCUAUGCGAAGACAUAGAAGUGCGACCAGAUAUGACAGAGGUGGCUGAGAGACUGGUUAUGCUCAGGAGAGACAAGAGACUUAAGAAUACACUCUCAACAUAUGGGCACUUGGAGGAUAUCACCAUGGCCGGGUCACCAAUGCAGCAACGAACCUAGCUACUAUUCAUGCCAUUCUUUGGUGCAACUCCGCCCAUUUACCAAUGGUCAGUAAGUGCGCACCCACUCCCGUAAAGAUUGGUUUCUGAGUGUUAUGUUAUUGUAACUUUAUU